GUCUAACAAUAUUUAGUUCACACAGAACGAAAUCUGUCGUCUGCACAGUAGUUUGAUAAGAAUCAUUGAAUAAAGAAAACUAAUUCUGAAAUUGACAGCUUUUGCAAUCAUUAAGUCGAGGGGCAAUUAAAGCAAAGCACCAUUCGGAGAAAAAUGUCAAAAAUCGAAGAAGGAAAUGUUCACAUACGACAAGCUGAGAAAAGCUUAAAAAGAUCAGUGUUAAAAUGGAGACCUGAUUUCGAAGUUGCAGCCGACGAGUACACGAGUGCAGCAACUUGCUUUAGAAUAGCAAAGUCUUAUCAACAGUGUAAAGAUUGCUUAAUGAAAGCUGCUAACUGUUAUAAAGAAAAUAGAUCAUGGUUUCAUGCUGCAAAGAGCAUUGAACAGGUUAUCUUAAUUUGCAAAGAGAUGGGAAAUCUUACAGAAGUACCAAAAUUAGCACAUAGUGCUUCCUCUUUGUAUCAAAUGCAUGGCUCACCUGAAUCAGGUGCAACUGUGCUUGAUAAAGCUGGCAAAAUGAUAGAAGCUACUCAACCACAAGAUGCAUUAGAACUUUUUAAACGUGCUGCUAACAUUGUUAUGGGUGAAGAUAGUCCAAGUCAGGGAGCAGAAUAUAUGAGUAAAGUAGCAAGAUUAUUAGUAAAAUUACAAAUGUAUGAUGAAGCAGCAGAUGCAAUUCGAAGAGAAAUUGGAAUGCAUCUACAGACAGAACAUAUAUCUUCUGUUGGUAGAUUAACAGUAGCAUUAGUACUGGUACAGUUAGCUCGAGGUGACCAGGUAGCAGCUGAGAAAGCUUUUAAGGAAUGGGGAAAUUGCUGUGAUGCUCCCGAGGUUAAUACAUUAGAAAUAUUAUUACAAGCAUAUGAUAAUGAAGAUGCAGAUGCUGCAAGAGCAGCAUUAAAUAACCCCUUUAUUAAACAUAUGGAUGUGGAAUAUGCUAAACUUGCUAGAGGAUUACGUCUGCCACAGCAAGAAUAUGCAUUACCUCCUUCAGGAGUAAGAGCAAAUGCAGCAGAAUCAUAUGUAUCUCCUAAUGCCUUAAAAUUAUUAGAAGAAACUAGAGAUGAAGUUGAAAAUAUGGGUAUUCAAGAAUCUGAAGAUGCUGCCAAAACAUCAUCUAAAGAUGUUGUUGAGAAAGAACAAGCCCAAGCAGCACCUUCAAAAAAUGUAGAAAAAGAGGAAGAAGAUGAAUAUGAAGGCGGACUGUGUUGA